AUGCGAGCUUUCUAUCUGGUUCUCGUUAUUCUGACUAUCGGCUUACACGCCUCUUCGCUGAAACCUAUUCCCCGAUGGGUGAUUAUGUCCGGAUGUCCGGAUUGUGACUACUGUCUUAUCUUGAACGGCACUGUUUCUCCUUAUUGGUGUGUGGAAGACCUGGCUGCAUUGCCCGAUUUCGUACGUUUAUCUCUUGGGCUUCCUCUGGAUACUACUACGAUGGCCCCUAUUUCUGCGUCUUCAUCUAUCCUGGGAUUUCUGCUGGUGAUGAUUGUUGUUCUUAAUGUUAUCUAUUAA